AUGGAAUCACACGAUUUUGGCAACGGCCAAGGGGCAUUCCAGAUCUAUCUGGAUGCUGUCGAAGAGCAUACUCGCGACGAUCGUCCAUCUCCAGCGCUGACCGACGACCCCUUUACUGCUACUGACAAUCCCCAGGACGGCACAAAUGCGGCUUCAUCAAGCAAGGCACCCAAGCAGCCCCGGAAAGCACGAACCUCCAAACAAGACAUCGCGGAUGCGAGCCUGAGAGAGUUCAAAGAGAUCAUGAUACAGUACCGCCUUGAUCACUGGAGAGCAAGGGCUCAGAUCGUCCAUGUCAAAGGUCAAAUUAAUCUGACAGCUUUCUGGAGCCCACUAUGGGCUGGCUUCGAGGUUGCGGACAGAGGGAUGAACAUGUUUGAUGGCUUCGACCGAAUGUGGUUUGUACCCUUCGACAUAAUGACACCUCUACCUGCAGAAAAGCAGGAGAUAGCAGAUAACCUCCAGAGACGACGCCUUGAGCUGGAAGCUGCAUACCUCGCCAAGGUCGAGAGAGACAAGAACUUUCUAACAAAACUGCAGCACUUAAUUGAAGAAGAGGUUAAAGAGACAUGCCAGAAACUGUGGGAGCCCAACGCUUACGACCCAGGCCGGGAGCCAGCAAGAUGGGAUGACGUGCGAGCACGCUUUCAACUCACUCAUUUGGUCACUAUGAUAGCCCAAACUCGCCUGGCUGUUGGCAAAGAACAACUACCAGGCUACUACCAGGUCAAAGUCCUCGACUUAGGGGUCGACGGUAAGAUUACUUACCAGUGUGUCAAUCUACCCAGCGAUGUCAGCAUGAAGAGAAUGCUUUCGCGAAUGAAAACCAAGUUUCCUCCUGACAGUGAACAAAGUCAACAUACUAUCAACGUCUUCAAACAUAAACUCGAGGCUGGUUGGAAUCGCGGAGAUGAAGCACAGCGAAAGAAAGCCCAAGGUUUACUUCGCCAGCUGCAUGACUUGGUGCUGGUAGAGAAACCUGAAAGUGAGAGAUAUUCAUGGGUUUUCAAAUUGAGAAGCAACUCCCAUUUCUAUAUUCCCGCCGGCAAGUUACCAGACUGUCUUCAUACGUGGACACAGUUGAAGGAAACAACUUACCAAGAGCUACUCGAAGGAGUGCGAGCAAAGAAACACCCGGUUUUUAUUCGACCCUGGAAGAUUCGACUUCGCCGGUGGUGGCCUGAAGUAGAUGAUCUUGUGAACCAAGCUGAAGCUGUCUUUGGCGGGGCCGGACUGUCAUCUCUGCAGCUUGAUAUUGUAGAUGAACUCCUCGCCAGCCGAACCCAGGAAGAAGUACAGCGAGCAGUGAAAACCAAACAAGCGCUAGAUGAGGCGAGGCUUGCGAUUAUGGAGAACGAUUGUCCGAGUAGGAACAACAAUGAUGACGAGUUUGGCCCUUUUUGA